GCUCUUUCUGUCUUUCGAACAUCCCUUUUUUUGUCCUCGUCCAGUGGGUUUCUUCUACACAUACCACCACAACUUCUAAAUUUAAAUUGCCUCUUUUCUCUUUAUCUUCUCACUUGGGGGGACUGCUUGGAGAGAGAGAGAGAAAGAGAGAGAGAGAGAGAGAGAGAUGGCAGAUUGGGGCCAGUGGUGAUAGCGGUUGUACUGUUUGUACUGUUAACGCCAGGGCUGUUAUUCCAACUGCCUGGAAAUAGCCGAGUGGUGGAAUUUGCAAACAUGCAGACAAGUGGAGUUUCCAUAUUGGUCCACACUAUCUUUUUCUUUGGACUCAUCACUAUAUUCCUCAUCGCCAUUGGUGUUCACAUCACCACCGGGUAAUUUUAUCAUUUUAUGCAUUUGUAGCACCCCCUCUUGUUUCUUCCUGUUGAUUCUGUAUCAAUAUUUUUUUUUUCUCACUUCCGUCUUAAUUUGUUCAUGAACAAGGUAGUCGGAACGAAAUGACGCCACUCGUGUGGCUCCUUAGCAACAUAUCCGAAAUAUCUUA